AUUCCUUUUCCUUCCGGACCAACCACCGAGCUUCCCCCGCGUCUCUCGGAGCAAAUACGAUCCAGGCUUGCCCGUUCUUCGCUCGCUUGAUCCAAAAGUCCCCUGGCGACAUCCCUGAUCUAGAUCUCCUCCGCCUCCCAGCCCUCGUCUCUCCGGUUCUCUCGAACCCUUUUCUCCCUGGAUCCACCACCCCCGCGCUUCGAUCCCUCCGGACGCCUAGGGUUCCGCUCUCCCACCGUAUUCAUUCCUGAUUGGAAUCCUCUUCACCUCUAGCGGAGGAAGAAAGACUUGAUAUUGGAGGGUUCGUACCUGAAAUAACAUCCUCGUCAAGAGCGGAGAUUUUUUGAGGUGUAGAAUCGAUGGAAGCCGAUGGCGCAGCCGCUUCGUUUCCCCUGGCAAAGUGGAGAAGCGACUUCUCCAGGGCGUUCCAGCACUACCUGGAUAAAUCGACUCCUCAUAUGACUGGAAGAUGGCUUGGUACUGUUGGAGUUGCAGCGAUCUACUUCCUGCGAGUUUACUUUGUCCAGGGAUUUUACAUCAUCACCUACGGGCUCGGGAUCUAUCUGCUUAAUCUAUUGAUUGGGUUCUUGUCGCCUCUGGUGGAUCCGGAGAUUGAAGUUUCGGACGGCCCCGCCUUGCCUACAAAGGGCUCCGAUGAGUUCAAACCCUUUGUUCGCCGUCUUCCCGAGUUCAAGUUCUGGUAUUCCAUAACAAAGGCCUUCUGUGUUGCUUUUGCAAUGACUUUCUUCUCCGUGUUUGAUGUUCCUGUCUUUUGGCCCAUACUAGUGUGCUACUGGAUUGUUCUUUUCGUCCUAACAAUGAAGCGCCAAAUUGUACACAUGAUCAAGUACAAGUACGUCCCAUUCAACGUAGGGAAGCAGAAAUAUGGAGGGAAAAAGGGUCCUGGAAGCAGCAGUCUGUCCAAGGAUUGAUGGACGGUAGGAGAAGCCAAGGGCAGGGCACUCGUAUAUCUAGUAGCAUUAAUGAGACUGAGAUGACUCUCGGUCCGCCGGACCCCUCGAAGGAGGACAGCUAUUUGUUCGGACCAGUUAUUACCUAUGCUUACACAUUGUCAUCCUCUCACUCUUCUACUUGUUUAGCUAAUGUAGCUAAUGCUGCCCGUGGUGCUAUUGUUUGCACGAUAGCUAAUGUUUGCAAUAUUAUUAUUCAAGAUUCCACCAGAGCAUAAACUGGUUGAUCAUGUUAUUAUGAUUAGUAAGAUUUCCCGAUAAA